UCCAUUAUAAAUCAUUCUGUGUAACUUUCUUCCAUUAACAUAACCGCAAGCAACUGAGCAACUUUAAUUCUCUCAAUUAUCAUAAUAAGUAUAUUCAAAUUAACACAAAAAUGAUGCAUUUCAAAAACAAAAGAAGAACACCAUCCAAGGUGGUUUCGAUUCCUGUUCAUUUCGUUGGGUCUGAGAAAACUAGAACCGAAUCGGCGACGAAUAUUCAAAGGAUUGCAAGAGGGUAUCUUGUGAGGAAGAGUUUGAAGAAGAUGUUGAAUAUAAAAGUGGAGUUGGAGGAGAUUGACAAGAAGGUCAAUAAUGAAGAAACUGUGAAGAUGAUGAAGAAUGAGCAAAAGGAGAGGAUAAGGAUGGGUGAAUCCAUCAUGAAUAUGCUUCUUAGGUUGGAUUCUGUUAGUGUGUUUCAUUGUGGUGGUCUUAGGGAGUUGAGAAAGUCACUCAUUAAGCGGGCCAUUGUUCUUCAAGAAUUUGCUGAUCAAAUUCAAAUGAUGAGUCCCAAAGAUGAGGUGGAGAAUGAGGAUGGUGAUUGUUUGAUGAAGGUAAAAGAGGAAGAGGGUGGAAAUGAGGAUGAGAAGAAAGUGGAGGUAGAAGAGAAAGAAGAGAGUGUUGGAUCUAGUCUGAUGGAGGAAGGAAUUGAGGAGGAUAGUGUGGAUGUGAAAGAAGAGGAGGGUAGAAAUGUAAUUUUAUGUGAGGAGGAAGAGGAUGAGAAAAGGGAAAUAUUGAUAAGGAUGAUGAAUGAGAAUGAGAAGAUGAUGCAUAUGAUGACACAAUUGUUUGAGAGGAAUGAGAAACAAACAUCACUUCUUACAUCUCUCACACAAAGAGUGGAACAGCUUGAGAGAGCAUUCACUUGUGACAAGUUGAAGAAGAAGAAUAAAAGGAGAAGACAUGUUGAUGCCAAACAUAGAUAUAAUGGAUGCAUUUGAUGAUUUUUGCUUUAAUUUUUUAAUCUCUUUUGUUUUGUCUCAAGUUGGUGUUUAUUGUUAUCAAUGUAACUAAUUUCAAUGAAGUGACUUGCCAAUUGUCUUUUGAGUUUUGGAAACAUGUUG